AUGGAUAAGAAAUCGGAAACCGCCAAGUAUGCGCAGACAGCACAACUAGAUGAGCCAUCGCCACCUCCAUACUCAGCACGCGAUACGCAAGAAAGCCAAGUGCCGUCGCCAUACCCUCCACAAUCGUACCACAUGCAGGCCCCGUUGCGAACCCUCAAAGCCGAGUACACCAAAUGGACACUUACUGGCCUGCGUGUAUAUGACGCCACGACAUCAGAGAACCUUUACGAAGCCAAGAUUAAAUGGAUGAAAUCAAGUAUGGCAUUCACCAAGCCCGGUUCUACGGACCCAUUUGCGACGGUGAAAUUCCACACCUUUACUCCCAGAUGGGACAUUCAGUUCGAUGGCAUGGCCUCGUUCACAGUUCCGCUCAAAGGCAAGCUGAACUACAAAGGCAUGCACACAUCUCUGGCAUUACAGAAUUCCAGGUUGACAUGGAAGUGUAAAUAUCAUCUAAGCACUAUGGACCUUGACUGUCGGGACGAACGGUCAGUCAUGAUUGCUCGGAUGCAAGCAAAUGUCUGGAAAUAUAAGAAAAUAUGCAGCAUCGAAUUCUUUGACGGUGAAAGCAGUGUCCAUGGCCCCAUUAUGGAUGAGCUUGUGGUCACUGGUCUGGCGAUGCUGGAGUAUGUGUUGAUGGUAAAUCCGGGUAUGGUGUCAGGGUCAUGUUAG